AAGCAUGCCCACCUGAUAUUACUGGAGUUAUUGAAGAAGGGUGAUCCAGAGUCGGAAAAAAAGAUUGGUUCUUCUGGCGUCGAAUCAUUUCAAGUUCGAAUCCAUCCAGCAUACGAUAGUGAUCUGCGAAGCUUCUACUUUGUUAGGGGAGAUGGUUCUAUGGAGGAUUUCUGCUUCAUCAAAUGUGUUGAUCAUAUCUUUCCCUUGACAGAGAAAUUUAAAGAACAAUGCGUUGGUCCUUGUAGCUGUCAUCAUGAAGAAGAUGGGGAAGGUGGUGUCACCUUGGGUUGGCUGAAAUUUCAGAGUUCCACACAAAUGUUUUCAUAUUUCGGAAGUUUGAAUCAACUUUGUCCAUAUGAAUCUCCUAUCACCGACCCGGUUAUUCAAACGGUAGUGUUGGCUUUGCUGAAGAAGGGCGAUCCAGAGUGGGAGAAGAAGGUUGGUUCGGGAGGGGGUCUCCAAUCAGUACAUAUUCGGAUGCCCACAGUGGGGAGCUAUCCGGCCUACUUCGUUGUUAGGAACGAUGGUUCUAUGGUGCCUUUCUGCUUCUGGACAUGCAUCGACAAUCUCAUUCCUUUGCCAAAUGACUAUAAAAACCGAUGUGCUGCUGGUGCUGGUCUUAAAAGUUUC